CAAGAACACCAUACCAAAGGUGAAACAUGGUGGUGGCAGCACCAUGCUGUGGAGCUGCUUCUCUUCAGCAGGGACUGGGGCUCUGGUGAAGAUAGAGGGAAAUCGUGGUUAUUGCCGAAUUCCAAUAUAUUUUAGCACAGUCUCUGCAGGUGUCUGUUAGACAGCUGAAGAUGAAGAAUAAUUUCACAUUUCAAGGUGAUAACGACCCAAGGCAGAAAUCAAAGUCAAAUCAAAGAAAAAUAUCAACAUUUUGGAAUGGCAGAGUCAGAGCCCAGAUCUAGAUUCUAUUAAAAACCUGUGGAAUGAUUGAAGAGGGCUGUGUACAGGUGAUCUCCUCACAAUCUCAUAGCUAUGGGGCAUUUUUGCAAGGAAGAGUGGAAUAAAAGUGAAAAAUCAACAUAAACUCUUACUCAAAAAGACACAAAAAGAUCAAAAAUAGUGCUGAAUUAAAAGCAAAAGGAGCUUUAACAAAUUACCUCAAUGUAGUUACACGGAACCAUAACGUAAAGCGCUCCUGAGAACCUCACUGUAAAGCAUUACUGGGGACAUCAAUGUAAAGCAUUAUAGGGACCCUCAGUGUAAAGCGUUAUAGGGAACCUCUACAUAAAGUGUUAUAGGGAACCUCAAUGUAAAGCAUUAUAGGGAACCUCAGUGUAAAGCGUUAUAGGGAACCUCUACAUAAAGUGUUAUAGGGAAGCUCAAUGUAAAGCAUUAUAGGGAACCUCAGUGUAAAGUGUUAUAGGGAAACUCAAUGUAAAACGUUAUAGGGAACCUCAGUGUAAAGCAUUAUAGGGACCCUCAGUGUAAAGCGUUAAAGGGACCCUCAGUGUAAAGCAUUAUAGGGACCCUGAAUGCAAAGCAUUAUAAGGACCCUCAAUGUAAAGCGCUAUAGGGAACCUGAAUACAAAGUGUUAUAGGGAACCUGAAUGUAAAGUGUUACAGGGAACCUGAAUGUAAAGCGUUAUAGGGCACCUCAGUGUAAAGCAUUAUAGGAAUCCUGAAUGUAAAGCGUUAUUGGGAACCUCAGUGUAAAGCAUUAUUGGGAACCUGAAUGUAAAGCAUUAUAGGGAACCUCAAUGUAAAGCGUUAUAGGGAACCUCAAUGUAAAGCGUUAUAGGGCACCUCAGUGUAAAGCAUUAUAGGGAACCUGAAUGUAAAGCUUUAUAGGUAACCUCAAUGGAAAACAUUAUUGGGAACCUGAAUGUAAAGCAUUAUAGAGAACUUCAAUGUAAAGCAUUAUAGGGAACCUCAGUGUAAUGUGUUAUAGGAAACCUCAGCGUAAAGCAUUAUAGGGAACCUCAGUAUAAAGCGUUAUAGGGACCCUCAGUGUAAAGCGUUAUAGGGAACCUCAAUGUAAAGCAUUAUAGGGACCCUCAGUGUAAAACUUUAUAGGGAACCUCUACAUAAAGUGUUAUAGGGAACCUCAAUGUAAAGCGUUAUAGGGAACCUCAAUGUAAAGCAUUAUAGGGACCCUCAGUGUAAAGCGUUAUAGGGAACCUCACUGUGAAGCGUUAUAGGGAACCUCAAUGUAAAGCAUUAUAAGGACCCUCAGUGUAAAGCAUUAUAGGGACCCUCAGUGUAAAGCAUUAUAAGAACCCUCAAUGUAAAGAGCUAUAGGGAACCUGAAUGCAAAGCGUUGUUGGGAACCUGAAUGUAAAGCCUUACAGGGCACCUGAAUGUAAAGCAUUAUAGGGAACCUCAAUGUAAAGUGUUAUAGGGAUCCUGAAUGUAAAGUGUUAUAGGGAACCUCAGUGUAAAGCAUUAUAGGGAUCCUGAAUGUAAAGCGUUAUAGGGAACCUCAGUGUAAAGCGUUAUAGGGAACCUCAGUGUAAAGCGUUAUAGGGAACCUGAAUGUAAAGGUUUAUAGGGAACCUCAGUGUAAAGCGUUAUAGGAACCUCAGUAUAAAGCGUUAUAGGGAAACUCAGUGUAACGCUUUAUAGGGAACCUGAAUGUAAUUUCUGUGAGUGUGUGUGUGUGUGUGUUUUGCUGAUCAGCCCACACUGACUCGUGGCAGGGUUUAAUAAUAACCAAAAAAACCUCAGUAUGGAAUCUCAUGCUAUCACCAUGCCAACACAAACCACACACACACACACACACACACACACACACAAACACACAGCCUAUAAAACACAAACUCCGAAACAGACACCAACACACAGAGACUGUUCUACCACAUGCAAUGAAUGUUUGACAUUACACAGUGAAUUGUAUAUAUGUACAUACACCACAAAGAAUCACACACACACACACACACACACACACACAUGCGAUGACAUCACAGUUUCGAUGACAGAAUGUCUUCCAGCCCCAUUAAGCUGAUUGGAUGUGGCUCCAUUGCUUGGAUUUAUGGGUAAUAUUUUGGUCGCUCUCUCCAGAAAACUGCAGCAACACACACACACACACACACACACACACACACAGAGUUAUGUAAAUAUACACACAUACAUACAUACACACAAUGUAUCACUCUAUUCUAUUCUAAUAUUUUCUGUUCUAUUAUAUUCAUUUCUCUGUCUCUGUAUUGCUCUUUUCUUCCCCCAUUGGAUACACAGCAUGGAUAGAGAAGCUUAUCGCCGUAGCAACCGCAAUUAAAGUGCAACACACACACAUGCACAGUCACUAACAGUGAGAGAGACAGAGAGAGAGAGAGAGAGAGAGAGAGAGAGAGAGAGAAUGAGGGAUAGAUGGAGGUAUGAACAGGUGUAUUAAGGAGCAGAGCAGGGUAGAAUGAGGGAGAAGGAGUGGAGAAAUGACAGAGGAGCUCAACGGUACUGAAAUGGAAUAAUGAGUCCCUGAAUAAAGUGGAGGUGGAUAUCAGAAGGAACAGUCAGUAUCUGAUGUUCUCCAGAUGCUUUAAGUACUACAGUGCAUCUCAUCCUCAUGGACUGCACCAGAUUGGUCAGUUCUUGCUGUGAGAUGUUCCUCCACUCUUCCACCAAGACAUCUGCAAGUUCUCCAUCACGUCUGGGGGACACAUGCUUACAUGUAAUUUUCCACUGCGAGGACGAUCAGCUGUCCUUCCUGUCUCCCUGUAGCACCGUCUCAGGCGUCUUACAUUACAGACAUUACAGUUUAUAAUGUCUGUACUGUUUGUACAGUUACAUAUUGCUCUGAACACAUCUGCAGUCCUCAUGCCUCCCUGCAGCAGGUCUAUGGCAUGUUCAGAGUCUUGGUUCUGCCGACAGAAAGGAGGCGAGACAAAGAAGAAGGAUCUGUACAGUAUUGGCCAUGAGCUAAAAAGUACAAACUCAAGAGACAAGGAUUAAACAUAUGUGCUGUGUGUGUGACAACAUUAAAAUUAUAAUAAGGGUGGACUCUGGUAUUCUGCGUUUGACUCAGCGUCUCUCUGUAAAAGACAAGAAGCAGGAGAAGAGUUUCUACAGGAGGCGCUCUCUCAGUGUUGAUUGGGUGGAGUCCAAGAUGACUCAGCGCAUUCAUGAGCAUUGCCCACCAGCAAUGCGGAAAUAUUCAAGUUCCUCCUGUUCUUCACCACCCAAUGCUGCACGCCGUCUCUAUAGAAACCUUUCUGGAAAAUUUCGCAUGGCAAAUUCAGAUGAGUCAGAUAACAAGGAGCAGCUACGCAAAGCUAACGAGUAUAACAGGGCAUUGUUUGAGGCAGUGGAACAGCAGGAUCUGGAUCUAGUGGAAUCACUCCUGAAGAACUUCAGUGUUGAAGAGCUGGACCUAAAUACACCAAACAGCGAAGGGCUUCUUCCUCUCGACAUCGCCAUCCUCACUAACAAUGUCCCCAUGGCUAAACUCUUACUAAAGAGGGGUGCUAAAGAGAGCCCACAUUUUGUGAGUCCUGAGGCAAGGGCAGUUCAUCUGGUUGCCUUGGUGAAGGAGGCGGAGCUACGUGUGUCUGAACUGGCUGCCCAGGUGAAGGGGGCGGAAUCAACAGACGAAGGGACUGACACGGAUAGAGAGAGGCAGCUGAAGGCAUGGGAGUGGAGACUCCGCCUCUACAAACGCAUGCAGACAGGAUACACACAUGCUAGCCCCCCCGACCCACCCAGCUGUGUACGUCUCUCCGUCAGCAGCUCUUCAAGUCUUAAAGUUAAUUUUCAGGAGCCGCUGUGCCUCAACGCUGCUAUCAUUACCAAAUACCGAGUGGUGUGGAGUUCUUCACCUUCCUUUUCUCCACUGCGUGGUGAGAUUGUGAUUGAGGACACAACCCUACUGCAGUGUGACAUCACAGGCCUCCGAGCUGGUGUAGAUUAUUAUGUUCAGGUGUUUGCAUAUAACAUGAAGGGAUGGAGUGAACCUCAGAUAUCUGUACCUGCCUGUGCUACUCCAUCAGGAUGGAGGGAAGUGGACGGUCGUAUGCCGAGGUUAAACGGCCUCGGUGAGACGCUGCUCCAGAUCCUGGGACAGAUUAAAGAGUCGCACCAGCUCUGUGUGUGUCACGAUCAGUGCAAGGGACCACCAAAUAUCAGGAAGCACUCCGUUUCUAAAAGCCUGAGACAUCUCUUCCAGCCCACCAGCAAAUUCGUCAAAAGUCUGAAAAGGGGUUUGUACGUAGCGUGUGUGUUUUAUAAAGAUGAUAACAUCGUGGUGACGGCCGAAGAGCAGCUGCCCAUCAUAGAAGUGGACGAUUCUUACAGCUCCCUCACGCAGGACUUUCUGUGGUUCACCAAGGUGACGUAUUUGUGGGAGGAGAUUAUGUGGUUGCAGCAGUGUGCUAGCUCCACCCACCCAUCCUGCUCCUGCACCCUGCAGACCCGCCUUAAAAUUCUACAAGCUUUAACACAGCUUCAGGCUCUGUUAGGCACUCAGGACCUGGGCCAGGUGUACUUCGAGCCCCUGCGUGAUAAGCACGGUAACGCCCUGUUGGUGUUACUGCGUGAUUUGUGCGGAUGUUCAGAUCUGGACACACAGCGAUGGUCUAAACUUAACAAACUACAGCUGCAGCGCAAAUCCACCAGCUGUGUGGACGAACCUACAGCCCUCGACACACUCCUCAUCACCCUGCACGAGAAGCUUGCCUAUCAUAAGCGCAGUAGGAAGAUCCUCUCUCCUGGACUCUAUCUGGGUUAUAUGAAGCUCUCUAGCUCCGUGGAACAGAUCAGAGUUUUGGUUCCUCAGAAAAUCCCCAAUGUGUUCUGCCAUGUCAAAAUACGAGACAACAGCCACGUCUCCAGGGAGGAGUGGCAGUGGCUGCAGGCGGUACGUUCUUUAGAUGACACUAAGGAUGUGUACGCUAAAGAGGAAAACGCUGCACAUCGCCUCUUACUGGAGUUACGCAGCGCUGCCUACGAUCUGCUUGGACGCAUCAAUAUUCCAAACAAUCAGGCUCAGGAUUUUCGUAUUUACGUUCACGAUGUGCUUGAAUUCGGAGAGGGCGUGUCCUUCCUCUUGCUCCUCCCACCAUAUGAGGAAGUGUGUACGCCGCCUGGGCAAAACAACUUCUCGCCUCGAUCUGGAUUUUUUACCCUGCCUCUACAGAUCUUUGAACUGGUUCAUUUUGGAGCGUACUGUCCCACUUUUAUCGGUCAGUACUGCCGUGCAUCAGCCAGCUUGGAUCUGGAGUUCCUCAUUUCCCAGCAGGCUUUGCGGGAGGCGUUCUCAGAGUUUGAGCUGCUCACAGCCAAGCAGAGACAUCAGAAAAUCCAGGAGCUCUUACAGCAGGUGGAUGAAGUUUGGCGUGAGGCUCGUUGGAUGGUGGAGGUGUUACAAUUUGCUCGUUAUAAACAACAGCGUGGUGGUGUAAAUCUUGGCUCCAUCAUCGACUUCAGCAAGGAGAACAUUGUUGAAAAAACACCUUCUACAUCUUCCCAGCCCGACUAUCUCCCCUCACCUGUCCCCUCACCAGUCGAAUCACCUGUCCCUUCACCUGAUAGUGGACGCAAAUACCCUGAUCCACUGUCUGAUGAUGAAGGUUCCUUGGAAGUCUUCCUUACUCCAGACAGUGAUUAUAGCUCCAGCCCACGAGACCUUGACCUCCUUCCACCGUCACACCCCCUCCCUUACACACACACUCUUGCUCAGCCAGAUGUGCUAUGCUCGGGGGGUGGAGUCAGAGCAGGGCCAGAGCUGAUAGACAGUGACUUUGUCCUGCCGAGUCGUCAGAUCGAGCUCCUGCGCAUCACGGAGAAAAAAACCGCCUUGUGUGUGCGUACCAGCAGCCUUGAAGCCCCACCCACUCCAUCAGCAACAACACCAAACCCCUCCCCUUCAAAAGUUUGGCCACGCCCUGGACCCGUACGCUCCCUAUCAGAGGACAGCGGGAGGAAACAGAACUCCUCCCACUGCAGAAACUCGGCUCACAGAACCUGCUAUUCAACAGUCAGGAUUUACCCACAAUACCACACGGGGCUUCCCAAGGAGACUAGUGUCAAGCUGAGAGUGACGAUACACACCACGGCGAGGGAGAUGGUGCAGCUGGUGGUUCAGGAGAUAAACGGACUGUGUGCACGUCUCCAGACUGCAGCCCGGCAGUGUGUGUGCCCUGCGCAGGUGUGUGUGUGUGGAGCGGAAGUGUGUGUGUAUGAAUCAGAGCAGCUGGACCACUUUGCCCUCGUCCUGCUCACGGAGGGACGGGAGAAAUGGCUGCAGGAUGAGUUCUGUCCUCUCACACUCCAGAACCCAUGGACUCAUGGCAGGCUGUGUGUACGAUUUAAACAGUGUUCCCCUCUUGCUCUACAGCACAGCAGAGCCACUGCGGUGUAGCACACACACACACACACACACACACACACACACACACAGUUACAUUAACACAAUAAUUUAUAGGCAAUAAGAGUUAUGAGAGCAGUGGCUUCAGAAUAGAAAGACCAGAGAGAACUGAUCAAAACUCAACUACAUUUUACUUCCAGCGGAGCAGAACUGAACAGAACCAGCCAGAACUGGACUUAUCAGAACUGCAUAUCGCUUCCAUGCUUUUUAUAGACAUGUGGUUAACUGUACUGUACCUGUGAUGUAAUUAACACAUCUUUUUACACACACACACACACACACACACACACACACACACACACAGUUGUAAUGUUUUAAAUACACUCGGAAUAGAAGUGAACACCUUCACCCACAGUUCUGCUGAAUGUUCUGAAGAGGAGCAACGUGAUGAUGUCAUCAAAUGAGUAUCAGCCAAUCGCAUACAGUCUUUAUGCACACAUUUAAUGUAAACAUAAACUAGGUGCAUGAAAACACACUCUAUACCAACAACAUCAUCUCUGACAUUCUCAUCAGUACCAAUCAGAUUCUAGAACCAUUCUCAGGAUUAUAGAGCCACACUGAGCAUUUAAAAACAAUAGUGAGCAUUCUAGAGCCACGUUGUUGGUUGUAGAACCAUAAUGAGUAAUGUGGGUCCACACUGAAUAUUGUAGACCUGCACUGAGGAUUUCAGAACCAUAAUGAGGAUUCUAGAGCCUUUUAUUUUUGCCAUGUACGCGGGUCAGGAAAACAAAAUGACGCUCUAGUUCUGUCCCAGAUGAUAUACUAUACACUUAUACUAUGCAUUAUACACUCUGCCAUCUAGUGUAUGAAUUUUAGAAGGGAGGUAUCGUCUCAAAUGGCACACUUUCAGUAGUUUCCCGGUCUCUGGCAAAUUAUGUCAUGGCACUAGCAUUAGCGAAAUAGCCAAACAGAUAACAAAAAUGAACUGGUACAUUUUACUGUUUAUGUUAAUGUUUCCUUUUAUGGCCAACAAGACCUCAGUCAACGUCAGACAGAGGCGUAAUAGUCUCUGCAGGCGAAUUUUGCGUUCACAAUUUAAAAAUCAUCAAGCCUGAUAUAGCCCCUCCCCGUCUGCUACGUAAGGAAAGCUGCGACCGUUGAGUGAAGUGUCCAUCGUUCCACACUUGGUUUUUUUUGGUUGAAUGAGUGCAUCAUCCGGAACCUUAAAGUGCACUUUGUUUUUUUGGUUUUUCAGAGUGAACACACUAAUCACACUAUUUAUACUACAGAAUGGCGUGGAAUAGUGCACGUGUGUGAUUUGGGACGCACCUUCUGUGUUUCGGUUUAAAUUCUCCAUAUUGGGUGAAUGCACUGAAAACUCAUGGACUGAACUAAACACCCACCAGAUAUUACUAUGAAAUGUAGAUUAAGAUGAUUUUCUUAAUUCACACAUCUGUCCGCUGGCAGUUAACUCUGCUUUGGGCGUGGCUAGCAGAUGACUGACAGUCUUACAGGGAAUAACCGCUGAUGUUAUCCGUGAUGUUAUUAAAUGCUCUGAAGUCAGUGUAAAUCAUGGGUCAUUCAGUUUAAGAGGAUUUUCAGAAACAUUUUUGCGCUGUACUGCUGAAAAUGUUUUUCUUUCCACACUGAAAUGACUGUCUUCCUGAUCAGCAGUGUGUGUGUGUGUGUGUGUGUGUGUGUGUGUGUUAGCAUCUGGCAAUGUAGAUUUAUUUUCACUGGAUUGAUCUGGAGUCAUGACCAGUGAUGUACAGUAAAGUUUUACACUGGAAACAUGAAACUGGCUGCUGCUCAUCUCUCUCUCUCUC